UCUUCAAGUAGCGAUGGGCAAGAAGAGGGGAAAGGAGAGAAGUCCAAGAGGGGACCACUCCAUUGACCAAUCGGGUCCAACAUGCAGUCAUAUUCGUAAGGGAAUAGACCACGGCUUGUUGAGAAAAACUGUACUCGAUGAAAACUGGAACUCAUGUCAGGACUGUGAGCACGAAGAGAAGUCCAAUCCUUGUUUAGAUGAUGAACUUAAUGUUGAACCACAAGUGAUAUGGAUGUGUUUGAAGUGUGGCCAUAAGGGCUGUGGGAGGUACUCAGAGAACCAGCAUGCUGUUAAACACUAUGAGAAACCCCGCUCUGAUACACACUGUCUGGUGCUCAGUUUAGACAACUGGAGUGUCUGGUGUUACAUCUGUGAUGAUGACGUCCAGUACAGCAACACUGGGCAACUGGCGCAACUGGUUGCCAACAUUAAGAAGCAAGCACUUGCAGAUCCCAGCAAAAAAAGUCUCGCAGGAAAGGUGAAAAACGAGGACGGUGCAGGGGAGGCUGCAGUGGCAGAGAAAACUGUGGAAGAUCAUGAGGAUAAUGAGAAGACUACAGAAAAGCAGAGGAAAAAUACCAAGCGGGAAAGCAGCCCAAAGGAGCAAAACGCGACGUCCGUGGGAAACAGUGGUGCCGUGGCAGUCAAGGGCCUCAGCAAUCUAGGAAACACCUGUUUCUUCAAUGCCGUCGUGCAGAACUUGUCACAAACACAGCUUUUAAGGCAGCUGCUCAGUGAGAUUUCUGUUGAGAAGACCAGUUUGAUGAUAACACCCUCACAGACUACAAAGCUGGAGCCAAUUGAGAUCCAGGUGGACCGCCCUGGUUCUCUGACGCUGGCUAUGUGUCAACUGCUGAAUGAAAUUCAGGAGACCAAGAAGGGAGUGGUGACACCUAGGGAGCUAUUCACCCAAGUGUGUAAAAAAGCUGCACGGUUCAAAGGGUUUCAGCAACAGGACAGUCAGGAGCUGCUACGCUAUCUGCUGGAUGGCAUGAAGGCAGAGGAAAUGAAAAGAGUACACUCUGGAAUAUUGGAGGCCCUGAAGAGUUCUGGGAAAAGUUCAGAUGCGGAACAAUCGAAGAUGUUGAUUAAAGAUUAUGAGAAAAAUGGAGUUCCCAAGAACUUUGUCGACCAAGUCUUUGGAGGAGAAAUGACCAGCACUGUGAUGUGUAAAGAAUGCAAGACUGUAUCUUUUGUGACCGAAAUGUUUCUGGAUCUUUCUCUCCCAGUUGCAGAUGAGGCUUUCAGGAAGAAGACUCAGAAGAAGGGAGGGCAGAGGAGCUCAGUGAGUGAGGCCUCUGACUUUGACAGUCCGACACCUUUGACCAAUGGGAAGGAAGACAUGCCCACAGGUGCAGGUAGCAAGUACCAGCAAAAAAAGGCCAAGAAGCAGGCAAAGAAACAAGCCAAGAACCUGAGACGACAACAGAAAAAUGAGAGUAAACUCACACUUGAUGACCUAACCAGUCAGGAGCCCGCGACUACCACAGAGGCAGCGGAAGCUAGUUCUCAGGUUGAAAAUAAUGAUGAUGACGAGGAAAAAAUCCCGUCAGACACAGCUGACCCCGUAAAACAGGACCAACAGAAACUUCCAGAAGAUUCUCAGAGAAAGGAAGAAGAGUCAGAGGACAGAGAAGAGGUAGAACAAGAGGCGACUUCUGCGGUCGUCAACCGCUUCACCGCUUUGUCCGUGGAUGAAAACUCCGAGGACGCGUCGGUCGAGGAAGAAAAAGCAGACAAAGAGAGCGGCGUCGAUGAAGAAGGGGCAGAGGAGAGAAAUGUCAAAACCGACGCAGAGGAAAACCAGUUAGCUGCUGAUUUCCACAGUCUUUCUCUGGACACCACAGCAGAGGAUGGGCAGUGUGACAGGGAAAAUGAGGAAGAAUGUGGUGACACUAAGGAGUACACCGUGGUGAAUCAGGACCCCGAAUUGGCUUUCCACACUUUAGCGACCAGGACGCUGCCAGAGAAACAAGAAUGCUCAGUGGAAUCUUGCCUCUACCAGUUCACAGAGGUUGAAAACCUCACUCAGAACAACAGCUUGCUUUGUGUGACCUGCACAAAACGGCAGUCUGCCUCCAAAAGUACAGACGGUUCCAAGAAAAAUGUAUACACAGACGCCCUGAAGCAAAUGUUGAUUUCCUCUCCUCCUCCGGUGCUUACUCUUCAUUUAAAGAGAUUUCAACAGGUUGGAUAUAGUGUGUGUAAGGUGAACAGACACGUACAGUUCCCUCAAGUUCUAGACCUGGCUCCAUUUUGCACAGUAAACUGCAAGACAGUUCCGGAAGGAGAGACAAAAGUUCUGUAUAGUCUCUACGGCAUAGUUGAACACAGUGGGACCAUGAGGUCUGGACACUACACUGCCUAUGUCAAAACACGACCUCACAGACAAACCAACAUGAACAACGGAAUGACCACAUCAUGUGAUGCAGAGUCAUUGAAAGGGUCUUGGUUUUACAUCAGUGAUAGCAGCGUUCAGCCAGUGAGUGAAGUCAAAGUGCAAAGCUCUCAAGCCUACCUCCUGUUCUAUGAGAGAAUUUCCUAGUCUUCGCCGACCACAGCAACUUCAGUGUUCUUAGGAAUAAAACGCAAACAAUGAAAGGACAGCAGGCAUUGUGUCUGUGUGUGUGUGUGUUGCCUCUGGCGAUUUGGUUCAGUGAAAUAGCCUCUGUAAAAUCUAGUUUUUUUUUAAAAGAUUCUGCUGAUGUCUGGAGUGACACUCAUCGAGGGCUUGUAUUAUAA